AUGUCGGACGAAGAGAGAGCACCACGUACGCCUGCUUGUGUAAAUUGUGUUCGCAGAAAGAUCAAGUGCGACCGGUCAUCACCCUGCUCAAGUUGUGUUACAGCCAAGAUCCCUUGUCACUUUGCAUCGAAGCGUCCAGAGAGGAAACAGCGACUUCAUCCAUCAGCACGUUACGAUGAGAAGUUGAAUUAUAUCUGUCAGCAACUUGGAGGACUAUCAAGCACUUUAGAGGCGCUCGUCGAAGCUAAUGGACAGCCUAACCCACAAAUACUGGCCACUCUCGAUAGUGGAAGUCAAUCGAUAGGCGACUCUACCCUGAGCGAGCAUACAAAGAAUACUACCGGGGUGAAUAGAUUAAGUCAGCAAGGAUACACUUCGAAUGGCCCGAGCCCGAGAGAAGGCGUUGCUCAGGACGUGGUGCGAACAUUGCUGCAUGAUGCUAAGGCCGAGGAUUUACUCACAUCGGAGCAUGCCUCGUCUCAAUCUUGCGCUUUCUCCCAAUACCCACAGCUAGCAGAUUUGAGCUUGCCACCAAUGGAUCAUGUACUUCGUUUAUUGACAUUCAUGAGAUUGUCGCCACAAAGAUAUUUUGCUGACAAGCCUGAAAUGGACGAGGACGAGUUCGCUGAGGUGUGCCAGAAGGUGUACUUUCCAACAAAGCAGUUUUCAGUGUUCGCCUGGGUUAGUAUGAACUGCGUGCUUUUCCACCUUUUUCGAGAUCUAGACGAUGCGGGUAUCAUGAGACUGCAGUUGACGAAGCUUCAAGCUUCUCAAAACAGCAAAGUCUGCUUCAACAAUGUCGGAAAAGCAACGCAGAUUCUGAACAUUUGCGUGCCCUCCUCAUCGGAAGCUGUUUGCGCGCUUGUAUCCGCUGCAGCGGUGAACAUGGAGAAUGCGGAUGGAUUCCUGGCGUGGAAACUAGUCUGCACUGCCGCGAGAAUGGCACUUGACUUGGGAUAUCAUAGAUUGAAUACAGAUUCCAUAAAUAAGCAAGCCAACAAAGCGCGAAAGCUUUUCUGGUACGUGUACGGCAUGGACAAAUCGCUCGCAUUCAACUUUGGUAGAACCUCAACAAUUCAAGAUUACGAUAUCAGUACUGCGCCUCCGACAUAUGCCGAUGACUUUGGAGGCAAGUGGGGCGUUACUUUACUGGAUCAUCUCGACUACGUUAAGUUGCAGUACGAUAUUUAUGAGCAGCUUAUGUCAGCAAGAGCUCGAAGAGAAGAGCCGGCCGUUCGAACGUCUAGAGUUCACGAUUUUGUAAAGAGACUUCUUCGGAUCAAAGCCAACUAUGCUGCGGCAUUAGAACAGGGAUCAUACUCUCAACCUGGACUAGCUCACUCGCUCGAGCUAGCCUUUUCUUCAGUCCUUACCUUAGUAUAUCGGGAAUUGGCUCCGGACUCUUCAGGUGCGGUUUACGACGUCGACUCUGACCAACACAGUCCUCAUCUCUUUCACACCUCUUGCAUAGAAGCUGGACGAGCAGCACUGAUCGGACUCGUCCAAGGAUGGAUGGCAGUCCAGAAAGAGUCCAAUACAAAUGCUAUGAGAACCUUUGUCAACAUGUCAUUUCUCUUUAUGCCCUUUAUGCCAUUUGUUGCGGUUUUCAGCAAUCAAAUCGUUAGUGCCAGUCAAGAAGAUCUGAUACUGCUCAGAGAGGUCGUAAAGAUCAUCGGAACUGCCAAGGAUGUUAGUGCCGCGUUCGGAAAGACGUAUAACGCAUACUCGAAGCUCUUGAUGCUUGCGGAAGCUCGUGCUAAUGGAGGCGAAGCUGGAAGACAAAGGUUUGCACAACCUCAGCCGACGCAAUCAGAUGGUCUGCACGAUCAAGUCAGCCAAGCUGAGGUCACAGAUGACCGCCGAUCGCCCAGAAGAUCUACAGUCGAUAACAGCAUGAUCAAUAUGGAUGUACCACCAUCUUCCAUGAUGAGCUGGGAGACGAGUGAUUUCGACGUAUCACAUCAAGAUUGGAACACCAUGUUCAAUGAAUUCGAUCUUGGCCUAGGUGCGGAAAGUACACGAAACAUGAUGCCUUGGCUGGAACAGCAUAUGGAUGGCGUCAAUGCUCGUGAUUGA